AUGAUGACCGAGACGGCUGUUGCCACUUCCAGAGUAUGGUGAGUUCCCUUUUUUGACAGUUCAACCGAAAUGAGGGCAUUCCGUGGGAACGUGGAAACAGUCCAUUUCACACUUUCUAACCAUGAUUGCCGGUGAUGCAAAUGAUCAAAACUCGAGAACAACUAACACAGAUUCCUGGUGUUCUUGGUAGGAUAAUAUGAAAGAAAAAGAAGUAAGUGAACGAAGCAAUGAAAGGUUUUCAGGUUUCCGUACUUCUCGUGCCCGACGAAGAGCCAGCGGUUGGCCGAGGCCGAAGGACGAAUCCUGUCGGCUCUUGGAAUCAGAUAUCUCGCCAAACUCGUUCAAGUAAGUUCUAUGCAACAACUUAUUUGGAACAAUGUGUGCUUCCUUCAGAUUCCGUUCAAACAAACCGAAAUCAGCACAAUCACUGUGAAUUGUGAGCAGCCGACUCCCAGCGCCGCCUAUCCGAUCGUUCUGAUCCAUGGAUUCGGUGCCGGAGUGGCUUUGUGGGGAGCCGCCAUGAAGAGACUCGCACAGUUCCAGACAGUCCAUGCAUUCGACCUUCCUGGUCAGUUUCGCAUCAAUAACUCCCUUUCAAAACGUUAUCUGCCACAGGUUUCGGUCGUUCUUCGCGUCCACAGUUCUCUACGGAUCCAGAGACCGCCGAGAUGGAGAUGAUCGAUUCGAUUGAGCAGUGGAGGGACCAGAUGAAUCUGGAGAAAAUGAACCUGGUGGCCCAUUCGUUCGGAGGAUACCUCGCCACGUCAUACGCCCUCAAGUACCCCAGCCGAGUCGACAAUCUCGUGCUGGCCGAUCCGUGGGGCUUCAACGAAAUGGAUCCCGAACUGGCUAACCGACUAACGACUCGGCAGAAGAGCAUUUUCUGGGUCGUUCAGAAGUUCAAUCCACUCGCCAUUCUCCGGCUCGCCGGCUCAUACGGUAAGCAGGCGCUUUUGGAAAAAGGACACAUGCAUCGAGAAUUGCAGCUGCAAAAGUAUUCCGAAACAAAAAAUAAAUAAUUCAGGGCCGACGCUGAUGAAACGACUGCGUCCGGAUCUUGCUCAAAAGUACUCGGAUGACGUGUAUGACUACAUUUACUUGGCCAAUUCGAAAAAUCCAACUGGAGAAGCGGCCUUCAAGAGCAUGUCGGAGAACUUGGGAUGGGCGAAACAGCCUAUGAGCAAGAGGUUCCACGAGUUGGACUCCACAGUCCCGGUCACUUUUAUUCACGGAGAGAAGAGCUGGAUUGACUGGAAGUCGACGAGGAAAAUGUUCUCUGAACUCUCGCACGUGGAAUCUCAUGUAAGCAUUCAUUUGUUCUGAGAAGACAACUCCCACAAGACUCUGGCGCACGUCAGUAGACACAUAGACAUCCGGUAAUUGCAUAGUUGGGCUCAGCUUGGUUGGGAUGUCUGGUGCCAGAAUGACAUUUCUGAUAAUGUUUCAGGUGAUGGACAGUGCCGGACAUCACGUUUACGCGGAUGACGCCGACCGAUUCGCGGAAAUUGUGAUUGGAGCGCUGAGCGGAAAGACGGUUGUGGUCAACGAGGAAACGGAACAGAUCACUGCGUUUUAA